GAAAUGUGUUGUUAGAAAAAGUCGGACUGGCAUAGCACAAAGAAGAGUCACGCUUACUUCCUAGAUCCCCUUUCCUCCGACUCAACCUGAACCGCCGUCCAAAAUGCGGUCCAAACCCGAAACCCAAACCCUCACCGGUACAACGGAUGCGGCAUCGUCGAACUCCGUGGAUCCAAUCUUCCACCUGAUCCGGAUCCUGCCAUUCAGCUUCCUCCGCCCGCCGAAGCUCCGCUUGAAGCUCCCAACCCUAACCCUGCCCUCCCCGAUGACCGUCUACGCGCUCGUCCUCCUUACUUACUUCAUGGUCGUUUCCGGAAUCGUCUACGACGUCAUCGUCGAGCCCCCCGGCAUCGGCUCCACGCAGGACCGCGCCACCGGCGCCGUUCGACCCGUCGUGUUCCUCCCGGGACGCGUCAACGGGCAGUACAUUGUGGAGGGCCUCUCGUCCGGCUUCAUGUUCGUGCUCGGCGGCGUGGGCAUCGUUCUCAUGGACCUCGCGCUCGAUCGAAACCGCGCCAAGUCCGUCAAGGUCUCCUACGCCUCCGCGGGGAUCUCCUCGGUGAUCAUUGCCUACGUCAUGAGUAUGCUCUUUAUUCGGAUUAAGAUCCCCGCUUAUCUUAGAUGAAUUUUGCAAUUCUCGUUUGCACAUUUUAUGUGUUUUCUGGGAUUUUUGAAUGGAAUUAUGGAUCUGUGCAACUUAAAAGCGCCAUAUGUUAAGAGUUUUUCUAUUUCUGAAUUAUGUUAUAAUGUGAUCUGUUUGCGUACAACAUUUCCGAAUGAAACAUGUGGCCUUGUUUUCAUAUAAAGAAAUGGGGCUUGAAUUGUUAUAAUUACGUUGCUAGUCCGUUGCUUCC